GAGGAGGGUAAUGGGAUUUUUUUGUUUCUCGGGAAAUGUAGUCGUUAAUUUGUUAAUUGUUGAGAAAUGUGGCGGACGUUGUAUAAGAGGGGCUGCAGUGUUCGAGGUUCCUCCUGUUCCUGACGCUGAAGCUGAUGAUUUAAGAUAGAUAAUUUUUGAUUUGGUGGGGAGAGAGAGGGAGAGAGCAAAUUGAUUAGUUGAUGGCACGACAUGCUCGUGGUGGUGGCGGUGGAGAAGGAGGGAAAAAGGGUAAUAUGAUAGCAGUGGCAAUAGAUAGGGACAGAGGCAGCCAAUAUGCUUUGAAAUGGGCUAUUGAUCAUAUCGCCAGCAGAACCCAAGCUAUCGCACUCCUCCAUGUCAACGAAAAAAUGGCCUCUCCUCUUCCCUCUGCAACUGGGAGCCAGUCUAGCUCCGAUGCCACUGAUGAAGUUGCAAGAGCGCAUAAACAACAGUGUGAACAUCAUGCCAAGGAGCUGUUCAGUCCCUUCCGUUGCUUUUGUGCUCGUAGAGAUAUGAAGUGUCACCAGGUCAUUCUUGAAGAUUCAGAUGUGUCAAAAGCAUUGGUUGAUUAUGUUACAGACCAUUCAAUUGAGAUUUUGGUAAUGGGUGCACCACUAAGACACAAAACAGGAGACAUUACAAGUAACGUGAAGAAAAAUGCACCACGGUUCUGCGAAGUUUAUGUCGUCUCCAGGGAAAAGAUGAUGGGGAUGAAAUCGAAUAGCCAUUCCCGCAGUGGCAAUGCAAGCUUUCAACACCAAUCGACAAGUCAAUCCAGCAUUUCAGAAACAGCUGAGGCACAUUUCUCGCAUAACAGUGGUUCAAGAGUAACAGAGAAGUCACCAAGUUCAUCUGAUACCCUGAAUGAGGACACUGAAAUCAAGUCACCGUUUGGUAGGGGUAGAACUACAAUUAGCAAAUCACAUGGGGGCCGUUCUCCUCUUUCAAUUAACAGACCUCACCCGCUUUCAAUUGGCAAAUUACAAGGGGACCACUCUCCUCUAGAAUCUGAUAUAUCCUUCGUGAGCUCUGGCAGGCCUAGCACUGACCACAUGUCCCCAUUUUAUGAGAAUUUGGAAUUUGCCUUAACCCACCAGCAUUCGAAUAGCUCGGACACAAACUACAGACUUUAUCAGUCAGCAUACUCACCAGGUGCCAAGCCAUCUGAGCAUAACUAUUCACAUGAUUUCUCAUCUAACUCUGGAGAAAGUGGGACAUCAUCAUGGCCAUCACCAAACACAGAUGAUGUCGAAGCUGAAAUGCGAAGGCUCAAGCUAGAGCUCAAGCAAACAAUGGACAUGUACAGUACAGCAUGCAAGGAAGCACUUUCAGCAAAGCAGCAGGCCAAGGAACUCCACCGAUGGAAGAUUGAAGAAGAACAUAAAAUUGAGGAGGCACGACUUGCUGAAGAAUAUGCAUUUGCAAUGGUAGAGCAGGAGAAAGCUAAGUGUAGAGCCGCUAUUCAGGCAGCUGAAGCAGCUCAAAAGAUUGCAGAACGUGAAGCACUAAAAAGAAUGAAUGCAGAAAAGAAGGCCCUCAGAGAAGCAGGGAAGAAGAAGAGAGCACUAGAUGCUCUGGCUCAAAACGAUGCCAGGUAUCGAAAAUACUCAAUUAAUGAGAUUGAAUCAGCAACUGAGUCCUUUCUGGAAUCACGCAAGAUUGGGGAAGGAGGUUAUGGGCCAGUGUACAAGUGUUAUCUGGACCAUACGCCAGUUGCAGUAAAAGUUCUUCGUCCAGAUGCAGCUCAAGGAAGGUCACAGUUUCAGCAAGAGGUUGAAAUACUUAGCUGCAUACGGCAUCCCAACAUGGUUCUCCUCCUUGGAGCCUGCCCGGAGUAUGGCUGCCUGGUCUAUGAAUACAUGGCUAAUGGAAGCUUAGAAGAUCGUCUCUUCCGGCGAGGGAAUACCCCAGUACUUCCUUGGCAGCUUAGAUUCCGAAUUGCUGCGGAGAUUGGUACUGGUCUUCUUUUUCUCCACCAGACCAAGCCAGAACCUCUAGUACACCGUGACCUGAAACCCGCCAACAUAUUGCUUGACCGUAACUAUGUCAGCAAGAUUAGUGAUGUUGGCUUGGCCAGGCUUGUCCCUCAAUCUGUAUCCAAUAAUGUAACUCAGUAUCGCAUGACUUCAACAGCCGGCACCUUCUGUUACAUAGAUCCAGAAUACCAGCAAACUGGGAUGCUUGGAAUAAAGUCUGAUAUUUAUUCACUUGGGAUCAUGCUCCUACAAAUAAUUACAGCCAAGCCCCCAAUGGGGUUGACUCAUCAUGUUGAAGCAUCCAUUGAGAGAGGAACUUUUGCUCAGAUGCUUGACCCGGCUGUUCCUGACUGGCCAAUGGAAGAGACUCUGCACUUUGCAAAGCUAUCGCUUCAGUGUGCAGAGCUGAGAAGGAAAGAUAGACCGGAUCUUGGGAUGGUAGUGUUGCCUGAACUUAACAAAUUGCGGGCACUAGCUGAACAGAACAUGCAUGGCAUCAAUCUGACUUUCAGCAGUCCAAUAGCCUCACCAACUUACAGCCAAAUUUCCAAGUCUCAAGUGAGUUGAUAAUGCAGACAUAGGCUGCAACGCAUUUAGUUUUUGUAGAACAAAACUUAAUAUAUAAAUGGACGCGCGCCCGCGCGAGCACGC